CCCGCUUUGCUCAUGAGCUUCCGAUUUACCUUUCUUGAUCUCUAACCUCCUCCUCCCGCCCUCCCCCAUCGCUAUGCCCAUAAUUGCACCCGUCGCAAAUAAUGGUGGCCCUCGUCGCUCUCUAACCUGGUUCGUCGGUGGAGGUGCCCCCAUCAGCGCAGCACCCUGGAGUAGUGGGGUGGAGGAAGAACCCACGCCCAUCGUGCGGCCUCGCCGUGCUGUCGCGGGCCACCAUUAUUUGCGACGCCUGCGAACGUGGGUUCCCCGAAUCCUGCAUCCACGUCUUUGGUCCGCUUAUGCGCCAGCCUCCACCACCACCGCUGCCCAGCCGCCCUGGUGUGCGGGUGCGGCGGCCUACGGUAGCGGUGACCCAGGACUGGAUGGGCAAGAGGGGUCAAAUUCUGGUCAAAAUUGUGAUGCAGGUAGUAUGUGUGAUGAAAUUGUGUCAAAAUCAAAGGAGCCAGCCCCUGAUACUGAUACUACUUCCUGUGAGGAAGCAUCAUCUUCAACAACAGUCAAACCAACAAGAUUGCUGGCUGUUAACGGUGGCUUGGUUCCGGAGUCAUCACUGAGGCCGGUUACAGGAAGAAACUCUCAUAUCCUGAAGCAACAAAAGAUAAAUUUGCUUGAUAUAGAAGCAGCGUUGCCUGAGGAAGCUUUCAGAGCCUCAAAGUCUCAACAAAUGAGAAGGCGUUCAUGGCGUUCUUUUGUGAAGCGUGCAGAAUCAAUCUCCAAGAUGGUACUGGUCCUCCUUCACAGUAGCUAUCAAGACCUCAACUCUAUCCUCGCUCGCUCUCAGGAUAUACACUCUCGACGACUGUAUCAUGUACACCAAGGAGCCUAACAUCGUGCUGGCGACAAAGGUUGUAAACAAGGGGAGGACGAGGAAAGAACCAGAACCAUCGGUGUCAUAAUCUGCGCCGCUUGAUCUAUUGUAUACCCCAAACUUAAGAUGUUCUGUAGAGCAGUGCAAAACAAUUUGAUGCUGCGGUGAUAGAUAGAGAUGCUAUAGACAGUC